GUCUUAAACCGUAUGCCAUUUGAGGCUCAUUUUCCUCCUCCAGUUGCUCAGGUGAGGAACUUGAACAAUAAAAGAGAAACCUAUUUACCCGACUUCGUCUUAGUAAACUGAACAUCUUGGAGUAUCUGAGGAAAGUAGAUGACUUCAUUUUUGAGGGAUUCUGUUUUGCUAAUUGGUUUGGCCCAGCCUCUUUUGUUUCGCGUUUUUUUUUUCUUGUCAAGAAUGAAUGUCAGAGACAUGUGAACCUGGUUAUUUGCCGCUCCACUUUUUUAUGGAGAACACAGACUUCUAGAACUUAAGCUUUUCUUUCGUGAAAUGGUCCUGCAUGAUCAGCUUUGAGUGACACUGCCAAUAUUUUACGGGGACAAAAGAAAUGAAGAAACAUGGUCGCAUUUGUGGCAGUCGCUGCCUGGGUCCGAUGAAAUUCCUUUCAAGCGUGGAAGGAAACACAGUGUUUCUCGCCUCGAGGGACACCUCAUCCCGAACAGACCAACUCGUUUUCCUUUGCCGUCCAGUAAAAGUUAACGAGAAGGUCAGGAUACAAAUCAAAAGUGGGCUCUUGUCAAGUAACAGUAACAGAGCUAUUGGGAUCGGCUUUACAAACGACUCGCCGCAAAAUGCUGGACAGGACCUGAGGAACAGCCCACGAGCCUGCGUGGUACCUCUGCCUGAGGACUUAUGCCUGCCUGGUGCAGAAAUCGAGUUCUGGAUAAACUAUGUGGUUUCUGUGAUUAUCCGGACAAGCGAUCAGACAAAAUAUUACAUGAAAGCUGAAGGAAUAAAUCUCCAUGAGCCACUGUUUGUUUUCUUGGAUUUUGGUGGAAGCAUGAGCACAGUGCAUCUUUUGGGUUCGAGGAAGGGGAGUCGCACUUCCUGCUCUGACACAAAACAAAUAAAAGAGCAAGCACUUGAAGACAACCUUCUUAACCUCAGUCUCAUCUCUGAUGAUAACACAGACUCAGUUUUCAGAGAAGCACCACCAUGGGAAACAAGUCACUCCCCAACGCAUACACAUGCACCAGUAUCUACUCAAAGAUCAGGUCCGAUUACACGCAACAAAACUGCAGUCAGCAGAGGUUUAAAGACACGGCUUCAGUCCUCAACGGAUGAGACGGAUGUGACCUCUUUGCUGCGAGCAUUUCAACAGCAGUAUCUCAGCUCUCAUGAGAUACAUGUGAUCAUCUGGAGGAAAAGGCUUCUGAAGAGUGCGCUUGAUGCUUUGUCUAACAGGAACUUCUCCUGGACUAAAAUACCUUAUAUUGAGUUUGCUGGCGAGGAGGCUUUCGAUAAUGGUGGCCCGAGAAGGGAGUUUUUUAGGCUCCUGAUGAUUGAGGUGCAAGGCAGUCUGGGUAUUUUUGAGGGAAACCCAAAACACUUGUUCUUUACUUAUGACCAGACUGCUUUGCAGCAACGUAAAUACGAGCAAGCUGGGAAGCUGGUCGCUUGGUCUAUAGUUCACGGAGGACCAGGACUCAAAGCUCUAGACAUUCAUCUUUACCAGCUCAUGUGUGGUUUAGAGAUGGAGCUGACAGACUUUGACUGGUGCCUCAUACCAGAUGCUGAUGUUCAAAAGAAAGCACAAAAAAUCUUAUCUUGCACGAAAGCUGAACACCUGUCCGCUCUGCAAAGAGAAUUAGGAGACUGGAUCUGUGAUUGUGGAUUUCCAGGCAUUUAUGGACCAAACAUUUGCAUCCAAGACAUUCCAAAGAUCUACUCCUACGUCGUGAGGCACUACAUUUAUCUCAGGGUGUUGAAUAUGAUCAACCAGUUCACCGAAGGCUUGAACUCAUGUGGAAAGCUGUGGGACACCGUGAAAUCCAACUGGAUUGAUUUCCUGCCUAUUUUUACCAAAACUAACAAACGGAUAUCGCGAUCAUCAUUCAGGGCCCUGUUUGAAAUCAACUGGAGUGAGAACGGUACUGAGAGGAGAGAGCAGGAAAAGGAAACCAUCUACUAUUGGGAGCUGGUGCUAAAGAUGAUUGAGGACAAAGAAACCGAGCUGCGUUUCAAAGACCUGCUUGUUUUUAUCAUGGCGACAGAUGAGGUUCCAGAGUUGGGAUUCCCCAAAAAGCUCAGCAUCCACUUUUACCAGCCUGAGAGGAAAGGCUUUCGUUUACCAUUCACGUCCACUUGCAUGAUGGGACUGUUCUUGCCACGAGGGGUCAGGAGUCAUGCAGAGCUCAACAAGAUGCUGCUGAGAGCAGUGAGAGACUCGACUGGAUUUGGACAAUCAUAAGACUGUAUUUACCAAAAGAAAUCUUUUUUUUUUUUGUGGCAACAACAGCAGUUGGAGUGACUCUCGAGAGAAUUUUCUGUUGUUGUGACAAGACAAAGUGAACAUGUUUAUUGCUGCUGCUAAGAGCAACGUGAGGCAUGACAGGAUUUGGUAAAAUCACAAGACUGUACUGAAAGGGAAAACACUUUCAUUUCCAGGGUAUUGAAACUAAAAAUGGCUAAAACAGAAAUAGUUAAAAGAAUAUAGUAUUUAUUCCCCCCAAUAGCUCCUGUUCCACACUCCAGCCCAGUCGGUGGCAGUAAUGCACCUUUAAGUUGGUUUGCCAACCACCAAAAAAAAAACCUAAAGAAGAAGAAAAAGAAAAAUGGCAGAGCAUGUUGCUGAACCAACCAAGGAUGAAAUAAAAACUCUACUCGAAAACAAAACCCCAAAAAAUACAAAAAAAAGCAACAAAAUAUGGAAUUAAAGUAUUUGAUGGUAAGAACGUAUAUAUUUUAUUUUUUUCAAGUAUUGUUAUUCUUAUAGCAUUUUUCACAAAUUGCUACUGACAUUUCACUGGUUUGUUUACAUUCUAAGCAGAAAUGAUUUUGUCAGACAUUUUGUAUGAAGUUUUUAAUUUAUCGAAUUUGCAAAAAAUAAAAAUAAAAAUGCUCUGUUUCUCAAAAUCCAGUGAAUGUGGAUAGAAUAAAACAGUUAUUCCACUCAAUCUCAUUGUACAUGGCUUACAGCCAACUCGGCUCUACACACCUCGUCGGUAGGGUGACCAGACAUCCCGGUUUUACUGGGACAGUCCCGAUUUGGGGUUGUGUGUCCCGAGUCCCGACAAAAGUCUGUCGGGACACGGAUAUGUCCUGGUUUUCGCCACUCGCGAUGUUUGCGACUGAGCAGCGUGGGAAUCAUUAGCGGAUAAAUGUCUGCAUUUACUAUUUUGAUGAAUUGACAGGAAUUGCAAACUUUCCUGGUUACUGCCCCCUGGCCCUGUGGCAUGGGUGUUUAUUUAGCCACAUUAUUCCAGACAACAGAACGUGUUGCCAUGCAACAAUAAAAUAAACAUUAACUGGCGUGAAUGUUCUUUGUCUAGCAGCUAGCAGCAGUAAUGCCGCAGCAAUUAUGCCGCAAAGAAAAUGUACCUUUUCCAAAGAUUUACAGGGCACCCACCCCUUCCUCCGAGAGGUGCAGAACAAUGCGCACAAAGCCUACUGCACACACUGUAAGUGUUGCUGUUUUGUUUGAGUGUAUAUUUACGGAAGCCGCGAGAGGCCCUUCAUAUAAUCUUUUUUUAUUCACCUUGUUAUCCCGAGAUAACGACAUAAUUAAUUCAGGAUCUCGAGAAAACAACACAACUAAUUUGAGAUCUCGAGAAAACAAAACAAUUAUUCCGUGAUUUCGAGAAAACAAAACAAUUAUUUCAUGAUCUCAGCUGGAUCACUGUAUCUCCGUCGGUAGAGACGAAGCCGGGCCAGUCUUCUGCGGAGGUGCCGCGGACUAAUUUUGAAAUUAUCCCUUAUUAAAAGACUUAAUGCAAUCUCUCCCUGUGUCAACCCCUGACCAAAAUAUUGCCUUAUUAGGUGAUCGAUUAUUCCAGACAUUCUAAUGACCAAAGUUGCGUCUAUACAGAAUGAGAAAUAGCCCCAAAGUUAGCAUAUCACAAGUCUCUUGGCGCACCUGAAUGAACCAUUUCUCAGCUGUUUACUCGAGAUCAUGAAAUAAUUGUUUUGUUUUCUCGAGAUCACGAAAUAAUUGUUUUGUUUUCUCGAGAUCUCGGAAUAAUUGUUUUGUUUUCUCGAGAUCUCGGAAUAACGGUUUUGUUUUCUCGAGAUCUCGAAUUAGUUGUGUUGUUUUCUCGAGAUCCUGAAUUAAUUAUGUCGUUAUCUCGGGAUAACAAGGUGAAUAAAAAAAAGGAUUAUAUGACGGGCCUCUCUCGGCUUCCGUAGUAUAUAUUCUCAAAUCACUUGUCUCUUUUUUGUUUCUGUUUAACAUACCAUUCUGACAGUUUGGCCAUAUUGAACAGCUUGUUGCACCUUCCAUUAAAGUGUUCACUUUUGUA